AUGAGGUUGGUUAAGGAUACCUCGCACCGAUGGCAGCUACGACAAAAGAACACACAAUUUCCGAGGUAUGCUGAUCUGGAGGCAUUUUUAGCGAGUCGCUGUGUCGCAGUGGAGAGUUCUGACCAAAUCCUUUAUAACGUAGGAGGAUGCAAGAGCGGUUCUAUACCAAUACCAAGGACUAAGAAGGUAGCACUGUUGGCUGGAAAGAAUGAUCAGGAGCAAUGUUUCUAUUGCUCGGGUCAGCACAGAUUAUUUUCAUGCGACGCAUUUAAGAAGUUGGAUGUAAGCGGUCGGGUGGCAGCCAUUCGAGAGAAGAAGCUGUGUUAUAACUUUUUGUCAUUGUAUCAUUUAAAGGAGCAUUGUAAAUCAAAAUUCAGCUGUCAAGUGUGUGAGGACCGUCACAACACCCUGAUUCAUUCAGACACUCCAGUCAUUUCGACAGCGAAAAGGCCAAGUUCAUCAAGCUUAGCUAAGGAAGACAAUGCAACUAAAGAGCUGGCAAGUCAUCUGUCACUUUCAGUGCAUGGUGGAGGCGGGCAUGUAUUUUUGGCUACAGCUUCAGUUCUCGUGUCGGAUAACCGAGGUGAAUUCAAGGAAUGCCGUGCCAUCCUGGACAGUGGGUCGCAGAUCAACUUUAUAUCUAAAGAUUUUGCCAAUCUGCUACAGCUGCCUCGCAAAAAGACGAUGUUACCUGUCAGUGGCAUCGGAGCGAACUAUAUUGAGUCAGGGUCUUGUAUGUCUAUUAGGGUUAAGUCUCGCGUAAAACGAUUUCAAAUGGACCUAGUUUGUUACGUGCUUCCAGUAAUAGCGAAAAAACUGCCUGGGUAUCCGGUUCCAAGCGAAGGAUGGAGCAUUCCCACAGAAAUCGAGGCACAGGUGGCUGAUCCUGAUUUUAGCAAGGCAAGGAGCGUUGAUUUUCUCAUUGGAGGUGGCGUAUUUUUCGAUUUGCUUGGGACAAGGAGGAAACAAUUGCCAUCAGCUAUUACGAUCCAGGAAACAGUGCUAGGUUGGGUGGUUACUGGAGAAGUCGGUGCCACUUGUCUUCUGUCUGCCAGUUCUUUCGGUCAGGAAUGGGAAAGUGAUUUCAGGGCAAUCUAUAGAAGCGAGGAUCAGGCUUGUAUUGCCUCUAAAUCAAACCAGAGAUGUAUCGAGGAACAACAGGUGCUAAGACACUUUAAGAGCACAUCAAGACGGGACGAGGAGGGUAGAUUCGUGCUGUGGCUUCCUUUCAAGCCGGAAGUGCAAGAGCUUGGAAAGACGCUAGAUAUGGCCAGGUCGAGAUUCCUCAGCGUAGAGCGACGGCUUCAACGAGAUAACGUCCUGAAAGUACAGUACGAACAAUUUAUGGACGAGUAUCUGGAGAUGGGCCAUAUGCAGGAAGUAGGAAACGAAGCAAAACUGCCCAAGUCAGUAUACUAUCUCCCGCACCAUCCAGUGAUCAAGGCUUCAAGCCUUACGACAAAGUUGAGGGUAGUGUUUGAUGCAUCAGCCAAAAGUUCAUCGAAGUUAUCAUUAAAAUGAGCGCUAAUGAGUGGACCAGUUGUUCAAGACGAUUUAUUUGCAAUUAUUCUUCGAUUUCGCAGGCAUCAAUUCGUAAUAACCGCAGACAUCGAAAAAAUGUUUAGGCAAAUAAAGGUGGCCAGGGAGGAUCAGGAUUUUCAGAGGAUACUUUGGCGGUCCAAUCCCGGUGACAAAAUUAGAAGUUACCGUCUCACAACAGUCAGUGGCACCACGUCCGCGUCGUUUAUGGCCACUAAUUGUCUGGUGUCUCUGGCAGAGGAGGUCAGCGCUAGUCGGCCAGAAGUCGCUAGAAUUAUUCGCCAUGAUUUCUACAUGGAUGACUUGAUGACGGGAUCUGAUACGAUUGAAGAGUGCUGUCAGCGGCAACGGGCUAUUAGUGGAAUACUGAGCUCAGCUAGGUUCCCUUUACGGAAAUGGUGUUCAAAUUCAUCUGAAGUAAUGGCACGGACAAACAAGAGAUGCGCGGAGCCACUGUUCGUCCUUAAAAUCGGGGAAGACGAUAUCGUAAAGUCGCUGGGUUUUAGUUGGAAACCCGUGGCAGAUGAGUUCCGCUUCGAGGUAGGCCCCAGUCCUACAAGACACAAGGUGACGAAAAGGAUGCUGCUAUCGGACCUUUAUAGGAUAUUUGAUCCGCUUGGCUUUUUGGCACCAGUUUUGGUGCGCGGCAAGAUUUUUAUUCAGCAGUUAUGGCAGCUAAAGUUGGAGUGGGACAACACUCUGUCAGACGAUUUAGGAAGCAGAUGGCGACGGUUUUACCAAGAGCUGGACAAGCUAGGCUGCUUGCCCAUACCGAGGAAGUGUAUUCCAAGCUUGAGUGAAGAGUUUGAAGUUCACGGUUUCUGCGAUGCAUCUCAAGAAGCGUAUGGCGCUGCAGUCUAUAUCCGAAGCCGAGGGGAAGAUGGGGGUUAGCGUGCGCGUCUUUUGUGUAAUAAGACGAGAGUUGUGCCUCUUAGAGGAUUAACAAUACCUAGGCUCGAGCUUGGAGGAGCAUUGACUCUCGCCAGGUUGGCGUUAAAUGUGGCAGAAGCUUGGAAGUUAGAAGUGAGGGAUUAUUAUCUUUGGACGGACUCCACGGUAGUUAUUAGUUGGUUGAACGCCGAGUCAUGCAGAUUGAAGGCGUUUGUAGCUAACCGGGUCGACCAAAUUUUGGAAAUUACUAAGGCCCAGCAGUGGAGGCACGUGCAAACGAAUGAAAACCCAGCUGACAUAUUGUCCCGGGGGAUUGCGACGGAAGGCUUGCAGAAGAGUGUACUCUGGUGGAAUGGGCUAUGCUGGCUGACAAUGCAGAAUAUUGAGCGAAGGAAAGAAAUGUACGUCCCAAACUGCCAAGAGUUUCUGGAACUGCGCCAAGUGAGAUUAACGUUAACGGCUAUCCAUCCACUAAACGGGUUAUUUCACCAUUAUUCGGAUUGGCGACGUCUCUUAGGCGCAGUUGCAUGGCUCAAACGGUUCCUGAAGUUCUUAAAGGAAAAGAAAAGGGUACAGUUUCCAAGGUAUCUGACGGCAGCUGAAUACAAGGAAGCCGAAAUAGUGGUGUUGAUACAGGUUCAAGAAGAGGCGUUUGCAGAAGAGAUAUCAGCAUUGAGGAAAGGAAAGGACAUCGCGCGAAGUAGUAAGCUGAAGGGACUGUUACCAUAUCUAAGCUGUGGCAUGAUUUUUGUUGGAGGACGCUCACAGCAUGCUAGUAUCCCUGAGCGUCAGAAACACCCGGCUUAG